ACGUUCAAGCGGCGCUUGCUCCACUCCUUGGCUUCCUUAUCCGUUUGCGUCCUCAAUUUUUUCCAGGCAGACAAAAAUAAAAAUAAAAACCCUCUCCGCUCCCAGUCUCCCGCCUGCUCCGCCGCCUUGCGCUGCGCGCCGAUGGUCGCCGCCGGCCUCCCGGCACCGGGAUGGGUGCAACAAUUUGGAUGCAGCACUGAUGUGAAAACAUUUGGUUUAAAGAUGUCUCUCCAUGGAACCCAUAAGGCGUUCAGUUUUCAAUGCUUUGCUUCCAAUGGGCGUGGCUUUGGUGCGGAUUCUACUAAUAAGAGAAAAAUUAAAAGCAAGAGGAGGCCAAAGGAUGUUGCAUUGGAUCCAAGCAAGGUAACAUCUGGGAAUCCAAAGAACAGGGACAAAUGGGUGCCAGAAUUAACUGGAAUGGGAAACAAUUCUGGUAAACAAGUCAUGGAUAAACAAUUUCUAGAAAAAGUGGAAGCUGUUCGAAGGUCUGCACUUGAGAAAAAAAAAGCUGAAGAGAACAAAGACUAUCAGGCUAUUGAUUACGAUGCUCCAAUUGAGUCAGAUAAAAGUACAAUUGGCUUCGGUACAAGAGUUGGAAUUGGAGUUGCAGUUGUUGUCUUUGGACUAGUAUUCACUUUUGGGGAUUUCCUUCCUUAUGGAAGUGUUAGCCCUAGCAAGGAAAGCACAGUGGUUAAGCAAAAGCUUUCUGCAGAGGAAGAAGCAAAAUUUAAGAGUGUACUGGAAGGUUUUGAAGCAACACUGAGCAAGUCACCUAAUGAUCCUACCGCUCUUGAGGGUGCAGCUGUAUCAUUGGUUGAACUAGGUGAGUAUGAGAAGGCAUCAACUUUCCUUGAGAAGCUAGUCAAGGUAAUCCCUGGUAAAGCAGAAGCAUACCGUUUGCUAGGUGAAGUAAAGUUUGAGCUCAAGGAUUAUGAGGGGAGUUCUUCGUCAUACAAAAAUGCUUUAUCUUCAUCAGACAAUAUUGAUUUUGAAGUUCUCCGUGGACUGACAAAUUCAUUACUUGCUGCUAAGAAGCCAGAUCAGGCAGUUGACGUAAUUCUGUCAUGCCAUCAAAAGUUGAAUGAGAAGAGUCAGACACAACUUACUGAUUUGGAGGCUGCAAAUGGGAAUGGUGCCCAGAAGCCUCAAGAUAUUGACCCUAUCCAAGUCGACCUGCUAUUAGGGAAGGCUUAUUCUGAUUGGAACCAUAUUAGUGAUGCUGUUUCCGUCUAUGAUAGGCUAAUCACUGAACAUCCUGAAGACUUCCGUGGUUAUUUGGCGAAGGGAAUCAUAUUGAAGGAAAAUGGUAAAGCAGGUGAUGCAGAAAGAAUGUUUAUACAGGCAAAAUUCUACGCCCCAGAGGCAGCCAAGGUGCUGGUUGAUCGCUAUGCACAAAGAUAAAAAAAAGCCGACGAGAGCUUCAAUAGGACGGUUUUCAAUCGUUGAAACUGUUCUGUCCAUUUUAGAUACAAAAAUGUAUCCCUUUAGUUUGGAAAGAAUUCCAAGCAAUUUUAGGAUUUGUGCCAAUCUCUAGAUUCAGCGAGUCAAAAAGGACAAAAUGACAGAUCGAGAUGUCAGCAAAUAGAUCGAGGUCGCGAUGGUAGUGUAAGGAGAACAAUCAACAUGUGAGCCUUUUGCACUAUAGAAAAUUUUGAAGGGUAUGGCAUGUUCUGUUUCUGGUUA